CUUUUAAAAAACACAAAAACUCCAUCCCUUUCUUUGCGUCGAUGAGCCUGAUUCCAGACUUCAAUCGACACAUGAAACAGUAAAAAAGAAAAAAAAGACUGAUCAUUGUAAGGAAAAAAAGAAGAAAUAAUGGUUUCUUUCUCACCACCUUCUUCGAUUAACUUCCACCUCGUCCUGCUGACGAUUCUAGUGGCCGCCGUUUGGCUUUCCGGCAAGGCAGAUGCCUCGCCCUCGGACACCGUGAUAGAUUCGCAAUUGCUGACCAAGAAGAUCGGGACGAACCGGACGAUCAAGGUCGAUCUCGAGGGGAAUGGAGAUUACAAGAGCGUACAGGAAGCCAUUGAUGCGGUCCCUCUCAUGAAUCCUGACUGGGUCAUCAUCCAUAUCAGAAAAGGAGUUUACAGAGAAAAGGUACACAUCCCAGCCAACAAACCGUACAUAUUCUUGAGAGGAAACGGGAAGGGAAAGACCCACAUUACUUGGUCUCAAAGCUCGACGGACAACAUGGAAUCUGCAACGUUCAAGCUCGAAUCCCCUAAUUUCAUUGCCUUCGGAAUCAGCUUCCAUAAUGAGGCGCCGGUCGGAGAGGCGUUCACGUCGCAGAACCAGUCGGUGGCGGCAUUCGUCGGCCACGACAGGGCGGCGUUCUACCACUGCGCCUUCUUCAGCAACCACAACACCCUGUUCGAUUACAAGGGGAGACAUUACUACGACCAUUGCUACAUCCAGGGCUCCAUCGACUUCAUUUUCGGUCGCGCCAGGUCCAUCUACUAUGGAUGCGAGAUUUUCGUGAUAGCGGACUUCAGGGUGAACAUCCACGGAUCUGUCACGGCGCAGAACAGGGAAGAACCGGACGAGAGCGGAUUCGUCUUCGUGAAGGGGAAGGUUUACGGGAUCGGGAUGGUGUAUUUGGGAAGAGCGAAAGGUGCGUAUUCGAGGGUGGUUUUCUGCAAGACUUACCUCUCGAAAACCAUCGCCCCUGAGGGAUGGAGUAACUGGAGCUACGAAGGAGGCACAGAGAAUCUGUUCGAAGCAGAGUACCAUUGCUUUGGGCCUGGAGCUGAGAAGGAGAAACGCGCUCCGUGGGCCAAACAGCUCACGGAGAAGGAAGCACAGGAAUUUCUGUCAAUUGAUUUCAUUGACGGCACGCAGUGGCUCCCUGUUUGGCUAGACGAUUAAAGAAAAAAAAAAAACAAAAGUUCCCGGUGGUUAUCAUGUAUAAUCGUCACUUAAUCUUGCCAUUUUGGGCGUGAUUAAGGUUUAAUUUCGUGUCUCGAAUUUAAGAUUUUUAUACGGCUGAUGCGUCGUCCAUGUUCCUUACGUUAAUUACUUUUCAAUGAAUAUGCUAAUUUCUCAACAAUAUUUAUUCGUUUAAUAUAUUAAUUUUAUUUGGAGAGUGAUCCAUUACAUAUAAUCAUCGCCUAAUAAUAAGUUGCACCCACCCGAAGUUCCGCUGAUCCCCUUGAUUAAUAUAGCAGACACUGAACGAAAUCAAUUAAAAGUCAUCUCCGGCGCCUCAAUGACCAUUUCCGCCACCGUAACCACCGCCGCUGACAGGAGGCAGCGGUGGUACUUCACCGCCGCCGGGAACUUCCGGAGGACAUUCGACAGGUGAACCGCCGGGGUAUCCACCACCUCCUCCUCCUCCUUGAUCACCACCGCCUCCUUUGCCGCCGCCACCGCCAGGAGAUGAUCCGCCUCCGCCGCCAUAACCUCCUUUACCUCCAUGGUCACCUUUUCCGCCAUGAGUUGAUCCCCCACCGCCGCCUCCAUACCCUCCACCAAAUCCCGAACCACCGCCACCUCCCCCUCCUCCACCGCCACC